AUGCCUCAUCCGCUGCCCAAGUCUCAGCAACAUCAUGCGGCUGCAGCAGCAGCGGGGAGCACUGCCCCCGAGCAAGCCACCCGGUGGCUCCUGGGGAGGAUGAGGGAUGGCUCACAGAAAGCGUUGCUGCUGCAGCAGGCCCCCAACAUUACAUGCAGCUUGCCCUUGGCCCCCUCUGUACAGUCUCAAGGGCAUCCAAGACCCUCAGCACCAACAGGGACCACUCCUAAGACGGGGGCCCCUCUCUGGACCCACCCGCACCCCCAAGCUCCCAGGCCGCCGCCGGGGCACCAGAGCGCAUGCAAAGGGCAGCAGCAGCUUCACAACCCAGACAACAAACCAAGCACACACAAUUCCUUCGCGCCGCCUUUUGGUCCCAAUGCCACGUUUCCUUCUGCAACAAAUAAUACUAGUAAUCAUUUGAGUGUAGCUGUCAACCAAAGAACCGGAACCCAAGACCACAACAGAUACCCCCAUGCUGAGUCGCAGCCAGGAGGCCCCCGCUUAGCAGUCCCCCAGGGUGGCUUUGGUCUUCCUACUGGAACAGAUCACAGAUCCUCAGCUCGCGAUGAGGGCAUGUUUAACUGUGCACCGCAUCCGAAAAGACCUUGGGAGACCAACUGCCGUCUGCAGCAGCCAGCAGACACUCGAAAACAUACAAGACUCGUCCUUCGCACAGCCUUGCCGGUUCAUUGGCAGCAAGAGCCAACACAACAGCAGCGACAACACCAACAGCAGCAGCAAGGACACCGACAUCAGCAGCAAGAACACCAGCAUCAGCAACUAGAGCAACAUGAACGCCACCAAGAGCACGACGAGCACCAACUACAGCAGCACCAGCACGAGCCCCAGCUGCAGUGGCAGCAUCGCGAACAGCAUCAGGACCAGCAAUAUCAAUGUAAGCAUCCGCAGCACCAGGAAGAGCAGCAGCAUCAGUCGCAGCGGGAACCGGACCAUGCGCACCGUCAAAGUGCUUCGGCAAGCCGGUCAAACGUCUGCCCCGUGCCUGAAGUUGCUCGUGAAAAACUAGAUCUUGAUAGACACCAAUUUGUUGCAUUUAGCAGUAGCAGCAAAAGUGGCAACAGCAACAGCGGCAACAGAAGCGGCAGCAGCAGCAGCAGCAACAACGCAAGUGGCAGCAGCAGCAGCAGCAGCGGCAGCUAUCUUGAUAGCAGUUCGAACUUCACUGCUGUAACCCGACACAGCGCUGUGGUUCGGCCCUCGCCGAUUGCUGCUCAGCCGCAGAAGCAUGGUGUUGCCACUGAGGGUGCCUGCCUCAGGGGCGGCUGGGGUCCUGUGCUUGCGCCCAGCGGUCCGGCGCCUCCUUUAGAUCAUGAGCAGCCCCUGAAGCAACAGCGUGUUUCACAAGUAUCAGGGGGCCCCUCUUCUGACAGUUGCGCCCCUUCCUUCUCCCACUCGACCACGCUGCACACGGCAUCGGCGGGUGCAGGGGCAGCUACAAAAGAAGAAAUGCAGUAUACAAGCAACAGGAGUAAUAGCUCGCCAUCUCUUCUGCCGCAGCAUGGAGCGUUGUUUGGGGCCCUGUCUCCAGAGCAAGCAAAAGUCGUCAACGCACCACCACACUCCAGCGUAUGCGUCCUAGCCGGCAAAACAAGCACAAUAACAGCGCGCAUUGUGGGUCUGCUGCUACAAGGCUGUCGGCCUCUGGCUGCUUUGACCUUCACCAAAAAGAGCGCCACAGAACUCGAGCGCCGCGUCCGCGGAGGUCUUGAAGGCGUGCUGAAGGACCGGCGCACACCGGCGAGUGGCUCGAGCCCCAAUGUGGGUGUGUGCGAGAUUGGCGAGAGGGAUCUGUUUGUAGGAACAUUCCAUUCCUUUUUUGUGAGACUCCUUAAAUGCUAUGGAGGGUAUGUAGGGGUUCCGCGCGACUUUCGGGUUCUCAAUCAGUUUCAACAGCUGUCAAUACUUCGCACCCUCAUUGACAAUGAGAAAAGAGCGGAGGCGCGGCGCCUUGGAAAUUCGGGAGCUCGGAGCAUAAGUGCAGCGCUGCGCGGCAGUCCAGAUGUCCCGGAGGUGUCGAGCGAGGAGGACGACGGAUAUUCAGAUGAUGAGGGAGAUGCUCGAGUGUCUGGUUUCCAAUGCUUCGACAACAGCGCCUUCAACAGUUCCACUAGCAAGGAGGCGGAGGAACUCCGCAAGAGGAUCCGGAGCAUGAAGUUCAUUCCCGAGCUGCUGCAGCGAGAACGGUCGGCUGGCUCGGUGCUCUUUCGCCUGUUCUCUCAGUACGAAAAACACCUCAGGGAGCAGCAACCGCCCCUCCUGGACUUCACUGAUCUAACCGUUAAGGCGCUCAGGCUCCUAGAACCACCGGCAGCGCGCGCCGAGUUGGGCGCACAAUGGCCCUACCUGGUCGUCGACGAGUUCCAAGACACGAACAGCAACCAGUUCAAGUUCAUUUGUCUUCUCGCCUUGCAGAGGCCCCCAAACACACAUGCAGCCUACACUGCAACCGGGGCUCCUGCCCUCGUAAACUCUACACUGAGGCGAGGAGGCGUUACCGUCGUAGGAGAUGACGACCAGUCUAUUUACAAAUGGAGAGGCACGCAUACAGGGAUAUUUCACGAAUUCAAGCGCAACUUCCCCGACUACCGAGAGUUUUUCCUGGCCUGCAACUACCGUUCCGUGCCCGCGGUGGUGCGUCACAGUUUGUCUCUCGUCAGUUUCAACUGGCCAUUUCGCAUUUCGAAGGCACUGUACUCUUUUCAUGACUCGCCCGGGGAUGAGCAUCUUCUCCGCAGUUCCACUCCUCAGGGCAAUGCAAAUAUUGAUAUAGGCGGGGAGCGGGAGGGCCCCGUAACCAGAGAUGCAGGCAUAAAAGACAGUAAGUGUCCACCGGAAGGUCACGUACACGGGGCAUUUCUGCCUUCGCAGAGCUUGGAGGCGCAAUAUAUCUUGAGGUAUAUUCUCUGUCUAAAACAGCAUUACAGCCUGCGAUGGGAUGACUUCGCUGUUCUUUGCCGCACAAACAGCGCCUUAUUGGACCUCCAGAACCUCCUGAUGAACUCCCGCAUACAACGCGCUGCCUGCUUGCCUUCUUUUCCUUUCUCUUCAAAAUCAGCGCAUGACGGAGAAGACAGCUUAGCGCUCGGAGACCCCAACAGACCUGUCGACCCGGCGGUGUUGUUUCCAGCCGUGGGCUUGGCGGAUCUGGAGUUGCCCGUUGGGGGCCUCCCCUUGAGCAGCACGAGUUCAAGAAGGAAUGCAGGGGCGGAGGUGUUCUUACGUCCGGAUGUCCUUGACCUUCUCUCCUACCUCCGUUUGGCAGUCGACCCGCACCAUGACGCCUCCUUUAUUCGCGUGCUGAACAGGCCGCUGAGGCGGGUCGGGGCAAAGACCCUCUUGGCUCUAAAGCGGGUGCAGAACGCAUCCGCUGACCAUUCAACUGCAGAGCCAGACAUCUCCCGCAGCGUCGUUGAAAUGCCUUGGGAAAACGUCCCGUGGGCUCCAGGCGCUCAAAGGAUACUCUGCGGAACCCCUCUGUGUGUGUCUCUCUUUGCUGCAUUGUGCCGUGUGCUGCGUUCCGCCGGGGUGAAAGAUGAAAUCCCGGAAAUGCCCCCGGCACACGCAGAUGCAGUGGCAGCAACUGAGGCUGCACGACUGCGUGCGAAUCAGGUGGAGUCCCUGGCAUCCUUUGCUAAGGCAAUCAACAGGCUGCGCUCCAUGUCAGACUCGCCUGUUUCUGUCAAGGCAGUUCUGGAGGUCCUGCUUGGUCCCUUGGGGUUGGGUGAGUUCUUCGCCCAUAGAAGGCAUGCGCAGCGCUCGCGUCGAGGAGGCCUCGCAGAAAGCGAAGGCGCCGGUGGCACGGCUGACUCUGCGAUUCCGCAACUGCAGAACGUUGGGACGUCUGCUGGCGCUGCUGCGGCAGGCGGCAAGACACGCCGUAGCAAAAGGAAAGCAGCGGCUUCGGAUGACGCGCAGCCUUCUGGAGACAUCAAAGGAGCGGACACCCAAACGGAGGCCUCCCUGCGGGAACUGUCCAAGUUGUAUGGAUCGGAAGUGUUCGCAGAUGUUCUCGGCUUGCUGCGAGCUGCAGAGGCCUACUCACCCAACUGGCAGCAGGCAACAGCAGCAGACUGCAUCCUCAGACUCCUGCGAGAUGCAGAUGCUGGACGGUUCUUACAGCAAAAAGCCACGAAUGCUGUUACGCUCUCUACUAUUCACCAAGCCAAAGGCCUGGAGUGGCAAGUAGUUAUUGUUGCAAGAGCCAACGAAGGGACGCUGCCCAUGGGGCUUGGUGGCAACCAGCCGCUGGCAGAUUUCGUGGGUCGUUUGAUUGCGAGCUUCGCUGAGAAACCGCCGAAGCCUGAAGCACUGCGCCAAGCGGAAGCAACAAUAGUGCGGCAAGCCUCAGGAAACGAACAACAUUUUCACCUCAUGGAGGAGCGGCGGGUUUGCUACGUGGCACUGACACGGGCUAAACGGUUUCUGCUCCUCACGGCUCCCCUGGCCGAUAAGGCAAAUCAUCCCCUCAAUCCCUCCCGUUUCUUUAAGGAGGCGGGUCUCGUGUCGCAGCGGCAGCUGCAGCUGCCCGUCAACAGGACUAAUACAAAGUCUGACGAAAACAAAAAUGUUCAAGUGUGGCUGAACAAGGGCAACUGGAGCGUUCCUUCCGGUCCAUUUCAGCAGCAAGCGCAAGCUGCAGAAACGCUUGAUUCUGCCGUUCCCGGGUCUCCCAGUCCCCGUCUAGUCGAAAUUGAUAUGGAGGACCUUGAAAAAGAAAGAAGGAAACUCAUUAAAAGAAAUAAUUUCUAUGGGAAAAUGCUGCUGGGCUUUCUUCUGACUGGUGGAGCGCUAAUGUAUCUUGCCUACGCCGCUUCUGACGUCAGCUCGGGCUUCAUACGUCACAUGGACGGUCUGCUGGAGCUUCUUUAUGAACUGCUCCCUGAAAACUUUCCAGACCCAGAGAUGGCUCACCACGUUGUCAUGUGGUUGGCCGCCCGGGGAUACCUACCCUAUGAUCUCGAAAGGGAUGAUCCCGAGCUCAGCGUCAAUAUAAAAGGCGUCACUUUCCACACCCCGGUCGGUUUGGCGGCGGGCUUCGAUAAGGACGCUCAGGCCCCCUUAGGCUUCUGCAAAAUGGGAUUCGGCUUUGUAGAAGUUGGGACUAUCACACCUAAGCCGCAGCCCGGCAACCCAAAGCCUCGCAUAUUUCGUUUAACCGAGGACCGGGCAAUAAUAAAUCGCUGUGGCUUCAACAGCGCUGGACUAGACGUCGCGGAGCCCCGCCUGAAGAGGGCGUCGGUCGACCGGUGGCAAGACCGCCUGGCGCGGCGUUGUGUCUUAGGUGUCAACAUAGGCAAAAACAAGGACACGGAACAGGCGGAAGAAGACAUCCGUGAAGGGAUCAGACGCGUCGGUCGCUUUGCCGAUUAUUUAGUCAUUAAUCUGAGCUCUCCUAACACACAAGGACUCCGGGCCCUGCAGCAGCGGGACCACCUCCGCAGCAUCAUCGUCGCCGCACAAAGUGAACUAGACAAGCUGGAGCAGAAGCAGAAGAUACACGAGACUAAACCUUCCCAGCCCGAAGGCGUCGAGGAGAGAGCGAACCAUGCGCCACACGAUAUCGCACACAAGGCUCACGACUUCUUCCCGACCCAAACAGGAAGGCGCCCGCUCCUGUUUGUUAAAAUCGCGCCAGAUUUGACGGAUCAGGAGAAACGGGAUAUUGCGGAUGUCGCGCUUGAGACGGGCCUGGACGGGCUUAUUGUGACAAAUACAACCAUCCAGCGCCCAGAGUCCCUUCAGAGCAAAAGUAAACAGGAGACGGGGGGCCUGAGCGGUAGGCCUCUAAAGGCCAUGGCGACUCAGUGCGUUUCGGAUAUGUACAAGAUGACCAACGGCCAAGUCGCAAUCAUCGCUAGUGGGGGCAUCGAAACUGGGUUGGAUGCUUACCAGAGAAUCAGAGCCGGCGCCAGCGCAGUUGAGGUGUACUCUUCCUUGAUCUACAGGGGUCCUGUGGUGGCUCGAAGAAUCAAGGAUGAACUUCUGAGCAUUUUGAACCAAGCAGGCAAGCCGUGA